UGGGAGCUGUCAGAAAAGUAAAUAAACACCCGAAAAUUUACAAAAUCUCCAAAAUUGCAUCUUUUUGGCGCAAACGGCGUUUCUUUUUGUGGCUUAGACGGAAGCGGUGGUUGGCUAUGAGCAAUAGCAACAAGAUAUUCUUGGUGUUAAUUGCAAUAUCCAGUGGUGCACUCAUUAUUCUCUAUAGCAACAAUGAUCUCUUCUCCCGGCCCAGUAUUCUCCGUGGCUUUUUCCAGUCUCAGCCCUCAGAAGCACCCCCAAUGGCCGAAGUGGCUGCUCUUGUGGAUCCCCAAGGAGACAUUCAGCGAGUGAAGUACAUUCCCAAGGGGGAGAAUGCAACGGAACACAAUAUCUUCGUGAUCUACACGAAGGAAAACUAUUUGCUGAAGAGCAAGUUUGAGCUCUUCCUCAAGAGCCUUCUCAAAUUCACCUCCAUUGACCUGCAUCUGCAUAUCAUCACGGAUGAGAAGAGUGAGACGUCUGCCGAGACGGUGCUAAAGAGCCAGAUUAACAAGUACAGAAAGAGAGUCUUCUACACUCUCUACGAUGUGGAGGAUUUUGCCGCAAAGAUCAAUGAUAUUGUUUACGUGAUGAUGCCUUUCUUCAGCUCCCACGCAGGAUCCUAUUACAGCGACGCUCUCUUUUUCCUAUCAUUGGGUCUUCAUCGAAUUGUGGAUCCCAAAAUGAACCAGGCCAUCCUCAUAGACUGCGAUGUUGUGUUCCGAACAGACGUCAAGCUUCUCUUUGAGCAAUUCCGAAAGUUCUCCUCGGAGAACCUAUUUGGCCUAGCUCCCGAACUUACACCCGUCUAUCGGCAUAUCCUCUACAAAUAUCGAGCCACAUAUCCCAAAAGUAAUUUUGGCAAUCCCUACUACCCUCCAGCUGCGUCCUCGAGAAGGAAGGUGCAGAAAUGGGGCUAUCCGGGUCUAAAUAGCGGAGUUGUGAUGCUUCAAUUCGAUCGAAUUCGAUCUUCGAAGCUGUAUGCGGAAUCUCUGAAAUUCGACAAUGUCAAACAUCUUACAGAUAAGUAUUCGUUCAAGGGCCAUCUGGGAGAUCAGGAUUUCUUCACACUGCUGGGAUAUGAGUUUCCAGCCCUGAUAUAUCGUCUGGAUUGCAUUUGGAACCGACAGUUGUGUACAUGGUGGAAGGAACACGGAUACAGUGAUGUCUUUGAUCAUUUCUUCCACUGUGAAGGUAAGGUCAAACUCUAUCAUGGGAACUGCAAUACCAGAGUGCCCGAGUGAUAAAGGCAUUUAUUUUCAAGACAAUAUUACGCCUUCACGCGCGCUGCCCUAAUCAUUUCUCUCUCUCACAAUUGUGAUAAUUUGACGUAGAGUAUUUUAUGUCCUGUUUCUCUACUCCCCCCUGAAAAUGUCUCAAGUGUCUUCCCAUUCUCCGUGAAUGUGACACGCGGAAGAAAUGUGCAAUUGCCGAUAUCGAAUGAGAAUUUCAAAAAUUCUCGAGUAUUUAUCAAAAAUAGAACUGUAGAGUAGAGAGUGAAAUAUUUCAUAAAAGCACCAUUUGAACACUUUGCAAUAUCAAACGGCAAUAUCAUUUAAAAAAGUAUUAUUAGAUUUUAGUAGUUUUUUAUUCUUUUAGUUUGAUAAGUAAAUGCCUAAUGGAAAUUUUAAUGUGGUUUCAAAAGAGAUUGCAAUACAUCUCUGAUUUUCAAGAAAAUCAAAAUUUAUUCAUUAAAUAUUAAAAUUCUCUUUAAAUUAUAUUCAUGGUGCAAUUUUCAACAAUGCUUAGCAUGUGAAAAAAAUCAAAAAAAGUAAGUUUUUUUAGAUUAGGUUUAUUAUAUUAUUAAACCCAAUGAUACGAUUUGUUUGAAGAAGAAUGACAUACCUAACCUCGAAAAAAGAACAUUUUUAACAGAUAAAAUCAUAUAAAACAUUAAAUUUUCUAAA